AUGUUGCUUCUUGAUGAUAAAACCACCGAUAAAACUCCUAUCCCCCACGAAGCUCUUUUUGAGCUUCAUGCCCUAUUUUCCAAGUCACUGGCAUGGAUGGAGACACGGAGGCACAUGAUAGAACAACGGGAUGCUCCCAGUGCAAACAUGUUUCGGUUCUCAUUGUUGCCUACGCUGUUAUUUCGCACCAUCAGACGAAUAUGGACCACCCUGCCAUAUUUUAUUCGAUAUAGAGCGUAUGAAAAGCUCCAUUCGGUUGGCUUAUACCUCUAUGGACAAUCCCUUUCUCCAAGAGUCCAACGGCUGCCUUUCGGGCUGUAUUUACGCAAGGGACGACCGCAACAGGCAGUUCAAUACCGGGCAGAGGCUCAUACUCUUGGCAUGGUGGAGAAAUUCACUCAAAUACCUGCGCCAAGAGCAAUUGAUAUCUUGGAAACCCCUAAUGCUUCAUAUUUGCUCAUGACCCAAGUCCCAGGCCGUCCGAUCGGCCAGCUGCUCAAUACUAUGACGGACAAGCAAGUGGAAAACGUGGUGACCGACCUAAAGCGGUACGUCGCCCAGCUGCGAGCGAUCCCUAACGAAGUCAGCAAAUUUCAAAUCUGUAACUCUCAAGGUGGCGGGAUCCUGGACUGGCGCAUCCCUGAUAGCCAGUCAGAGGAAUUGCGCUUCCAAACAGAGACCGACUUUCACGACUAUCUGACUAGAAUUAUGACGGAAGAUACUCGAAGGCAUGCGGCCAAAUCGCAUGCCACCCCACACGCGAUCGUAUUUACGCAUGGAGAUCUAAAUCCUAGGAACAUUCUCGCUGAGAACGGCAAGAUUACCGGCAUCGUCGAUUGGGAGAAUGCGGGCUUUUUUCCAGAGUACUGGGAGUACACUAAGAUGCAUUACACAGUUCGCAGCUUGACUCGAUGGCUGGUUGAUGUCGUUGAUCGAGUAUUUGAGGGCUACCGGGACGAGCUACAUGUGGAGAAUAUGCUAUCAGAUUUAUCAGGCCCCUUUUAA